GGCCCGGGCGGGGCCAUGGGCCAGGUGCUGCCUGUCUUCGCCCACUGCAAAGAAGCACCAUCCACUGCCUCCUCCACCCCUGACUCCACAGAUGGUGGCAACGAGGAUUCGGAUUUCCGGGAGCUGCACACUGCCCGGGAGUUCUCGGAGGACGAGGAGGAGGAGACGACGUCGCAGGACUGGGGGACCCCCAGAGAGCUGACCUUCUCCUACAUCGCCUUCGAAGCCGGGGGCAGCCGCAGGGACUCUGUCCAUCGCCGGCCUCGGCCCUCCGGCCGCUCCGAGCCCCGGGAACCAGGCCCACCCGGUCUGGGAGACAGCUUGGAGAGCAUCCCCAGCCUGAGCCAGUCUCCGGAACCUGGACGGCGGGCUGCCCAGGAAGGUCCUCCUCAGGCCGAACUUCGGCUCCGCUUGGACCAGCUGGCCUGGGAGUCGGGGCUGGCGACAUCAGAGGACUCGACUAGCAGUCCCUCGGAGGAGGAGGAGGACAAGGAUCAGGAGGAGGAGGACAGACCUGAGCCCAGACUGGCUGGGGAAGAAGACUUAGAAGUGCCAUUCCCCACAGCUGAGCCCUCGCUGCCUGAGGUCUGUUGGCCACAUCUCAACCCACAGCCAGAAACUCCGACCCUCCAGACCCACACACCUUCCCCGCCUCUUUCUCUGAGAUCUCGGGACUCUAACUCUUGGCGGGAAGAGGAAGAUCAGGAAGAGGAGGGGGAGGUAUGGGGAACAGCUGAGCGAGAACCAAUCACCGGGCAGUGUCUGGAAAGCUUGGACCAAUCAGGGAUCACUCUAGAAAUUCAGGUCCUAGUGGCAGAGCUCCUGUACUGGCGGGACACGCGGACGUCAGGGGUGGUCUUCACGGGCAUCAUGGUCUCCCUGCUCUGCCUCCUCCACUUCAGCAUUGUCUCCGUGGCCUCGCACAUAGCCCUGGCCGUGCUGGCCGUCACCAUCUCUCUCAGGGUUUACCACAAGGCACUGCAGGCUGUGCACCGCGGUGAUGGGGCCAACCCCUUCCAGGCCUACCUGGAUGUGGACCUGAGCCUGAGCCGGGAGCAGAUAGCUCAUUACACCGAGCAGAUCACAACUCAUGUGUUUUCUGGGGUGACGCUCAUGAGACACCUGUUCUUGGUGGAGGACCUGGUUGAUUCCCUCAAGUUCGCUCUCCUCUUCUACAUCCUGACCUUCGUGGGAGCCGUUUUCAAUGGAAUGACUCUUCUUAUCUUGGGUGUGAUAAGUGCAUUUACCUUCCCUUUGCUGUACCGGCAACACCAGGCCCAGAUCGACCAGUACGUCGGGCUGGUGAACAAUCAGCUGAGUUACAUCAAGGCUAAGAUUUAUUCAAAGAUCCCAGGGACCGGGGCCUCUGCAAGUUCCAAAGCCAAAGCCGAAUGAGCCCCUCUUCCGGCCGGCCCGGGACCCGCCUGCCCACAGCCCCCGGUGCCCCUCCCGAUGACCCUGCCUGCCCCCCUCCCUGCCAGCCUCCCCAGUCCUGCUCACACACACACACACUCUCACACACCUUCCGGUUCUGGCGAACCAGCCAGGGCCUCUUCAUGCUCAAAUACCCAGCCCCCCUCCCCGCUCCGUGCCGCCCUCGCCCUCCACGGCCUUCAGGAUGACCUGGGAGCACCUGGGAGUUCGCUGACGGCCCGGGUGCUCAGAAAGGCCAGAGACUUGUACGCUGCAGCCGGGACAGCCAUCCCCUGGUUCCAGGAGCUCAGCCCCUCUCUCCCUUCUCGCCUCCCCCCGGGGUGUUGGGGCAGGGGGGGCCUCCCUGUCUGCCGCCCUGUCCCCGCCCCCGGGGCAUUAUGGGGUUGAGGAAAGAACCGAGCUUGGGUUUACACUUUAAUAAAAACUUGUGGAAAACUA